GAAUUUUAGAGCUGGUGGGAUUGUUUAUUUGUCUGUUUGCGGAAUCUAAAUUUUAGCUGAAUGAGUAUUAAAAUGAUGAAUUCACCAGGAUCCAAUUUCAUCAACCCAAACAGCAUGAAUGCCAGAACAUCAAUCUAUGAAUCUCCUCAGGCACGUCAUAAAAAGCUUAGGGAGAUGUUGGAUCGUACUAGUACGCUUCAAAAUGCUACGGUUGGAUCCCUCAAUAUUUUGGAAGAGGCUGUCGGGGAGGUGGAUGUUAUUCAUAAUGAUAUCGAUGACAAAAUUAUCAAUCAAGAUCAGAUUGUUUUGGAUUCGGAAGUUAUGAAAGUUUCCGCCCAGGUCAUUAGAGGUGCUGCACGAUCUCUAGAUGAGGAGACAAAUAGUUAUAAUGCAGUAGAGUUCACUGAAAAUUUGCUAAGGUACGCUCGUAAUUUGUCUGACGAAACACUAGAAGCGCCGAAUUGGGAGUUGCUGGGACGACAGAUCGCUCCAAUGAUUAUGCCAUGUGGUUCAGCCUCAACUCUUCUUCACUGCAUGGAGCUCAUGGAGGCUGGGGUGCAUCAGAAAAGGUCAAAAAUCGUAAAUCGUAGAAGGGAUGCCCUCCUCCCAGCGAAAAAACCUGAGAAGAUCGUGGCCAUUGCCAAUGAUGACAAUCCAGUCGAUAAAUCUGUUGAUAAAAUUGCUCACCUAAUUAGGAAGUACUAUAAACGUAACAAUGAGCCUCUCAACUUCUUCAAGCUUAUCGUCAAUCCACAUGACUUUGGAAAGACUGUGGAAAACAUGUUGCACGUUUCGUUCCUCGUUAAUGAUGGCAGGAUGGCUUUAUCAGUAGUUUUUUUUAUUUCAGGGGGAGAUGGUGAUCUCUUCAUUCAACCAGUGGCUAAGAAUGUUUUUGAAGAACAACAGACAUCUGGAAAUGCUAAGAGAAUUGCUAAUAUCCCAUCGUUGACAUUGAAAACAUGGAAACUGUUGAUUGACGUUCUUGAAAUUACCGAACCUAUGAUCGACUUUGAGUAAAAAAUUAUCAUUAUAGCUUCCAUUGUUAACAAGAACAUUUUAUAAAAUUUUUCAUAUAAAAUUUCCAGUUUAAAACCA